AUGGCAAACCUCAGUACAAAGGACGGCUUCACCAUCUUGCAUUUGGUUGGCGAAACCCUAGGCCAGAUGCAUUUCCAGAACGCUCAACGGAGUAUGCACGACCCAUGGAGUCAAUAUGCCGAGCGUAUGCUCAAGGCCGGGGCUGACCCUUGCAGCUUGGGAGUGCCGACAGAUAAGAGGAAAGGGCUGAUGACGCCACUUCUCGCAUCCUUGAAACAAGGUACUCACACUUUCGACGACCUCCGCUUAGUUUUGCAAGCUUGGGCUUCUCUUGUACACCGCGCUGGGUUGGAUCUGUCUGAAUAUGGCGCAAGAGAAGCGAAUAUGUGGAGCCUCGUGUCUCAAGGAGUCCACCUUCCGAAGAUUUUGAGCCCGUGGGGUCACAGCUCAGAAGCAUAUUACGCUCAUGUGAGCUUACACACCGGGCCAAAGGCUCAAGAUUGGACGAUAGUAUUGUCUGGUACCCUGAUUACUCAGACUUAUGUGCUUCAACAACCUCCCGGUGCUUUUCCGCGUAGCUCUUACUUGCCGGGCAUCAUCGCAUGGCCUCCAACCACAGCAGAACUACAAGAAGGUCGAUGGCUGAUGCAGGAGGCUAAGUCGAGGCAGGCUGAUAGGAUUGCUCUAAAUGUCAUGGCGCACCAAAACAUCGAGCCAUUCGGGGAGCUGGUUGAAAGCACACAAGACGAUACUAGUAGUAUAGUCUUGUUAUCAGAACGAAGUGCAAGACGAGGGAUACCCCCUCGAUCACACAGUGAGCCACGAUCGAGCAGAGGACAGCAAAUGGCACUUACAAAGAGUGUCUGA